AUGAGAAGCCCAGCAGCGAGCAAAUCGGAGACGGGAAACAAGACCACCAAAGGAAGCCGCGCCUCACAUCCUGAUCCAUUCAUCGUCGUGGCAAAACGAGCACAGAAGCAGAGCCUCAUCUUGCUCCACGGCCACGGCAGCAAUGGCGAAAAGUUCGGACUCGAGUUCCUCAAAAGCCACACCUCGAUGACGUGUGGCCAUGAUGGUGUCCCCAUGACUAUGGCAGACCACUUUCCAGAUAUGAAGUUCAUCUUUCCCACAGCCAAGAAACGACGCGCCAAAUGGUAUAAUCGGGCGACCAUCAACCAGUGGUUCGACAGUGUACCGAUUGAUGAGCAAGAUGGCCACGGCGUGACCAAAGAAGAGGAAGAGUGGCAGCUUGACGGCCUGAGAGAAACGCGGGCAGCAAUCAGGGCGAUCAUUGAUGGGGAAGUGGCAAACUUCGGUGCUUGCAAUGUGUUCAUCGGUGGUCUGAGUCAGGGCUGUGCUAUGAGCUUACAUGUGCUGCUGAGCCACGAAGGAAUUACGGACGAUGCAGCGCCUCUUGGUGGCUUUGUCGGGAUGAGUGGUUGGUUACCUUACGCGACAGCCAUUGAGCGAAUUCUGCAAGGACAACCCCCGGACGAUGAGAAUGACGAAGACGACGACGAUGAGGACGAUGUCCUUGGCCCUUCUAGCGACGCCGAGGCCGACGAACAUGAUCCAUUUGCAAGUGGCGACGACCAUGACAACCACGACAUCGCCCCAACCACACAGACCGGCAAUGAUUCAGUCCCCACCCGUGUUUGUAACUUCGUCCGAGACAAUAUGGAUCUUCCACCACUAAACACUUCAGAUCCGCUCUGUCUCAGGACCCUGGUAUUUCUUGGCCACGGCAAGAGUGACGAGAAAGUGAAGAUGAUCAAAGGGCAGAAGGCGGUGCAGUGCCUGAGAGACAUGGGUGUGGACGUGACGUGGAAGGACUACGAUGAGGGCCACUGGUACAAAGUGCCCGAGGAGAUCGAUGACAUUGUAGAAUUUCUGCAAACUCGGCUGUUAGACUGCAGUAGUUCUGCGUAG